GUCAGCAACAUGAAGCUCCAUUGGAAAGUCACAACCACCCCGACCUUGGAGCUUGCAGUAACGGCCACCGGGGCCGCCGCCACCGGCUGGUUCAGCGUCGCGUUUUCCAAGAAUGGCGGCAUGGUGACGUCAGACGCCGUCAUCGCGAACCAGGGCGGCUCGCCCGUUGCUGUCAACACCUACGCGAUUACGAGCUACUCAUCGGUUAAGACCACCACGGCGUUUACUGCGGGGAGCAAGGCGUUUACGGGGGGAACAGCUGCUACGAUGAAGUUCACUCGCACUACGGGCGACGGCGGAGUGGCUCCAGUCAACGUGAAGGGCAGCAACCGGCUCGUGUGGGCGUACUCCAACAGCGGCGCCAAGACCGUCGCUUACCACGGCUCGCACUACGGAACCCUCACUGUUGACUUCUCCUGCAACGGCUCCCCCAUCGCCCCCCACCUCCCCCUCCGCCCACCACGACCCCCGCCCCCCCUCCCCCCACUGGCGGAGCUACAAACCCCCCUCCUCCCCCCACUGGCGGAGCUACAAACCCCCCUCCUCCCCCCACUGGCGGAGCUACAAACCCCCCUCCUCCCCCCACGGGCGGCGCUACAGACCCCCUCCCCCUCCCCCCACGGGCGGCGCUACAGACUCCCCUCCCCCUCCUCCCUCUGGCGGCGCUACAGCUGCCCCGCCUCCGCCUCCCCCUCCUUCCUCAUUUGCCACGGGUCGAGCCUGCCCCGCGUCUACCCUCCCCGGAUACGCCUUCCAACUCGCCCUUCGUCGGCCCAAUCUCAUCCUGCACUGGGUACCAGUGUCAGCCACCCAGGUGGACAUGGCAAUUGAGGCCAAGGCAGCCGGCAGGGCCAAGGGCGGGUGGAUAUCCCUCGGCUGGUCCCCCAAGGGAAAGAUGUCUCCAGCUGAUGCCGUUAUCGGGAACAUGGUUGGCGGGCUUGUGAUGCCGUAUGUUAUUAAGGGGUACAAAAUGAGCAAGCUGCAGCCGACGUCGGCGUUCAAGAUUGGGGAUAAUGCUGCAACAGUUACAACCGCGACAAAUGACACCAUUAUCACGUUCUCUCGCUAUAAGAACUCUGGGGUGUACGCCCGCUUCCCCAUGGUUGGCCUCACCAAGCUCAUCUGGGCCUUCUCCAACUCCGGCUCCCCCAGCCUCGCCUUCCACGGCGACAGCUAUGGCACUGCCAAGGUUGACUUUUCUUGCCGGUAUGCUCCCUCCAGCAAGGCAGAGGAGGAUUACGAAGACGAGGAUGAUGAUAAUAAUGAUGACAAUCAGACAAGGAGGAAGUAAAGUGAAAGCUGGGUGGCAAUUGGAAGGUGUUUUUGCUUUUCUCGUGACAAGUGCGUGUAGCAUGGCACUGACGCGGUGCAUCUGCCAGUUGGACAUGAGGAAUGGAAUUAAGACUGAUGUCGAAUGUAAAGCAUUGGUUUGCCAUUUGUUUGCACUCAUUGUGUAUGGGCUUUGUUGUGUACCACGCAUUUCGAAAAUGAAUGUGCA